GUGCCAAUUGAUUGCCAUUCAACGCCACCACGCCGACAUAAGGCGUCGUCGAUUGCUUUCCGGCUUCAGAGGGGUAACCCACUCGGACUGGGACCCGCGGCGGUCACUAGUUUUGUGUUCAGUGAGUGAACAACCCCCCACCGUAUUUGUUCCUUGACCGUGGCACGAGAGUGAGAUCUCGGAGCAGGAGAGCGAGUUACCGCCACGCACGAGGGAGCACCCUGCUGAGGAAGAACUCGCGUGGCCGCGCCAAGGCAAAACGCGUACGCCUAUAUAUAAAUAGUUGAUGGUCUGCUCGGAAAGAUUUUAGUGUGCUAUUGGACAUUCGAGCCCGUCUCCGGCUCCCUAAAUCUUCGUCUGUGGAGAAUUCUAGUUUUUUUUUCUUCUGUAGCUGGCCCCCGUUUUUGGUGGCUAGUGGUGGGUGUUCGCAGAAAGGAGAUCCUGUGCGGUGGCGCGCAGUGGUGGCAGAGGAGAGCGAGCAAGCGACCAAAGCGAGAGAGAGGGAACGGAGCGCGUAAAACGUGAUCGCGGCGUGAAGCGCGAUCAGUUCAGUGCGAGGAGUGGUACAGUGCAGUGCAGCCUUGAAAUGGCUAGUGUGAUAAAGUUGCUCGGUGUUCUGUGCUUAGUGGUGGCAAUCGCUGAAGCCGAUUUCCGCGUCAAGCGGCAGGACGAGGAUGGCGAUCUGGAGGAUAACAUCGAUGAUCUGUGCAAGGACCGACCCGCGGACGAGUACUUCCGCCUGAGCACCGAUGGCGAUUGCCGUGAAGUCGUGAGGUGUGAUAAUGCAGGGGAAAAUGGCAUCACAAGGCUGGCACGCGUGCGUUGCCCAACCGGGUUGUACUUUGACGUUUACCGUCAGACCUGCGAUUGGAAAACGAACGUUAAAAAUUGCGAUGAACUAGGAAAACCAAGAAAGGUUCUCCCCAUUCUGAAGACCGAUGAGCCCAUUUGCCCCGAAGGCAAGCUCUCCUGCGGUAACGGCGAGUGCGUUGACAAGGAACUGUUCUGUAACGGCAAGCCCGACUGCAAGGACGAGUCCGACGAGAAUGCAUGUACCGUUGAUCUCGACCCGAACCGUGCACCCGACUGCGAUACCACGCAGUGCGCCUUGCCAGACUGUUUCUGCUCGGCUGACGGUACCCGCAUCCCCGGAAAUAUCGAACCACAGCAGGUGCCACAAAUGAUCACCAUCACCUUCAACGGCGCCGUCAAUGUCGACAAUAUCGACUUGUACGAGGACAUCUUCAACGGUCAACGACAGAACCCGAACGGCUGUCAGAUCCGGGGUACCUUCUUCGUAUCGCACAAAUACACCAACUACUCAGCUGUGCAGGAUCUGCACCGCAAGGGCCACGAAAUUUCGGUAUUCUCUCUGACCCACAAGGAUGAUCCCAACUACUGGACCCAGGGAACCUAUGACGAUUGGCUUGCUGAAAUGGCAGGAGCUCGUCUGAUCAUCGAACGGUUUGCCAACAUUACCGACGGUUCAAUCAUUGGUGUGCGUGCCCCGUACCUGCGUGUCGGAGGUAACAAACAGUUCGAAAUGAUGGCCGAUCAGUUCUUCGUGUACGAUGCCUCGAUCACGGCUUCUCUCGGACGAGUUCCCAUCUGGCCAUACACUCUGUACUUCCGAAUGCCGCACAAGUGCAACGGUAACGCCCACAACUGCCCAUCUCGUAGCCACCCAGUCUGGGAAAUGGUCAUGAAUGAACUUGAUCGUCGUGACGAUCCAACCUUCGACGAAUCGCUUCCUGGUUGCCACAUGGUUGAUUCCUGUUCCAACAUCCAAUCUGGUGAGCAAUUCGGUCGUCUUCUGCGUCAUAACUUCAACCGUCACUACAAUACCAACCGUGCCCCACUGGGUCUGAAUUUCCACGCCUCAUGGCUGAAGUCCAAGAAGGAAUACCGCGAAGAGCUGAUCAAAUUCAUUGAAGAAAUGCUUGUCCGCAACGAUGUCUUCUUCGUUACCAUGCUGCAGGUCAUCCAAUGGAUGCAGAACCCAACCGAGCUGAACGCUCUGCGUGACUUCCAAGAAUGGAAGGAGAAAUGUGAUGUCAAGGGACAGCCCUACUGCUCCCUCCCGAACGCUUGUCCGCUGACGACUCGCGAACUGCCCGGCGAAACCCUUCGUCUCUUCACUUGCAUGGAGUGCCCCAACAACUACCCAUGGAUUCUGGACCCAACUGGAGAUGGCUUCUCCACCAAGUAAGCUAGUCUCCCAUGAGGAAUUUCCAUCCACCGAAAGUCUGAUUUAGUUGCGUGAAGAGUACACUACCAACGUAAGGAAUCUCCGUUGACCCAACUCAAGCUCCCUAUACUUCCUCAAUUCCCAACGGAGAAUAUACGUCUGUUGUAAAUAAUUAUAAUUUCUUACAUUCUCCUGUCCCCAAAAAAAAAUAUCCCAUCCUGACCAUCCUCCCCCUAGAUUCCUGGCAUCCUUAGUAUCCUCAAUAUAAAAACCAAACCGCCAUUUUCCUAUUCUCGGAGAAUGAUCAGAAUAUGAUAAUUAAUUCAACAAAAACUCAAAAGAUUGAACGUGAUAAUUUUAUUUAAAAACGAAAAUACUCUUUCCAACCUUCCACCCUCAAACACAACAACGAAAACGGUAUCGAAAACCGUAGUGAAAGAGAUUUUAGAUCGCGAUAGAGAAAACAUGGUGGCCGCCACCCCGUUCAAAUAGUUUCGCGAUUUUGCUGCGGACAGCCUCGGGUGUGUGCGUCACGUAUCAGGUGUUUUUUGACAGUUAAGAGUAUUCUUUUUUAUUAAAUGAAAAAAUAACUAUAUUUUAAACUAUUUUUCCUAACUUAAAUUGAGUAAAAAAGGAUUGUGCCGCAGCUGCAAGAAGGCGAACAAAUUUGCUACAUGCAGAUGUCUUGCAUCAGAAAGAAAAAAAGAAGUGUACAUGCGGCUUGUAGUUUAGAACUAUAAAAACAAAAAUACAAAAAAUUAAAAACAAAUGAAAAUAAAUUUUCCAUUAAAACAUA